AACUCCAACUCCAAACAAACACACAACAUGACAGCAAAUCUGGAACUGGAAGUAGUAAAACUCAAGCUAAGAGACCAGAACGGAUUGGAUCGGAUCGGAUCGGAUCAGAUCAGAGCAGAGCAGUUUUUGAGAAAAGAAAAAGAUUAAUUAAAGCUGGAAAUUGGGGGAAGAAAAGCAGUGACAAAGGUCUUUGUGUGGGACCUGCCUUUAAAAUCUCUGACACAGACGGCAGUUUCAUUUGCUCGCUUGCAUUCCUUAUUCAAAUGCCUCUCUCUCUGUCUCUCUCUCCCUCCGUCUCGAUUUCUCUGUUUUUUUUUUCCCCCUUCCUUUCUGUAGGCAAAUAAUAAAAUAUCGUUGAGGAGAGAAAGUGGAGGUCUUUGUAUUCUUUUGGCCGCGUGAAUUCUCAAGCGAAGCAAAAGUCUCUCCCACUUCUCUUUCACACCUUUCAAUCUCUAAACCUUGGAAGAAGAAUCUAGGGUUUGACAGUACCAAGUUCGACAAGGUUCUUGGGGUUUGAGUACUUAGGGUUAUUCUUUUUACGUUUGGGCCGAGUAUGGAGGAGGUUGAAGAAGCUAACAAAGCAGCUGUGAAUUGCUGCCAUAGAGUUCUAAGCCUUCUGUCUCAGCCUCAAGAUCAGGUUCAGUGUAAGAAUUUAAUGGUAGAGACUGGGGAGGCUGUGUUCAGGUUCAAGAAAGUUGUUUCUCUUCUCAACACUGGUUUGGGUCAUGCAAGAGUCAGAAAGCUCAAGAAACUCCAUAUCCCUUUUCCCCAAGGCAUCUUGUUGGAGAACCCAAAUUGUAGUAGAACAGACCAGCAACCCAAAAAUCAUCAAUUUCUUCAGUCUAGCUUUCCCGAAAAUCCAAUUCAAGAAAUUGGCUCCCACGUUAAGAGUAACUUGUGUUUGGGAAACCCAUCUUUGGAAUUGAGCUCAAAUGGGAAAAGCCCUCUCCAACUUUCCCAUCAAACACCAUCGUCACACUAUCACUUCCUCCAGCAACAACAGCAACAACAGCACCAACAGAGGUUAUUGCUUCAUCAGCAACAGAUGAAACACCAAGCUGAAAUGAUGUAUCGACGGAGCAAUAGUGGCAUAAACCUGAAUUUUGAUAGCUCUAGUUGUACUCCCACAAUGUCGUCCACUAGGUCAUUUAUGUCCUCCUUGAGUAUAGAUGGAAGUGUAGCUAACUUGGAUGCAAGUGCUUUCCAUUUGAUUGGUGCACCUCACUCUUCAGAUCAGAAUUCUCAACAGCAUAAGAGAAAGUGUUCUGCCCGGGGGGAUGAUGGGAGUGUGAAAUGUGGAAGCAGUGGUAGAUGUCAUUGCUCAAAGAAGAGGAAACAUAGGGUGAAGAGAUCAAUCAAGGUACCUGCAAUCAGUAACAAGCUUGCAGAUAUACCUCCUGAUGAUUACUCAUGGAGGAAAUACGGGCAGAAGCCAAUCAAGGGUUCUCCUCACCCUAGAGGAUACUACAAAUGUAGUAGCAUGAGAGGUUGUCCUGCAAGGAAGCAUGUUGAGAGGUGCUUGGAAGAGCCUUCUAUGCUGAUUGUUACUUAUGAAGGCGAGCAUAACCACCCGAGGUUACCAUCACAGUCUACAACCACGUGAGCUGCCGUGGAGAGAUUCACCAAGGCCAAGCCCCUGCUAUUUAGUUUAAGCAAAAUCUAAUGUGUAUUUGGUUGGCUUGGAAUGCUCCUGUACAUAUUUUGCAUCUCCUCACAUGGAUAUAUAUACUUUGGGAGCGGUUUUUUUUGUGGCUUUGGAGGGUUGAAUCCGACCCUUUUUAUAGCUUAUUUGGCAAGUGGGCAUGCUGCCCGGCGCUUAACUGAAGAAUCAUGUAAUAUUGGAGGUGUCAAUUUGUAUAAACUCUCAGCCCUUUUUAGCAAGCGAUGUUUUAAUCUCUA